GUCAAUCGUUUUGUUAUUCUGCCGAUCGCACCGCAAAUAUUUCAUGUUUUUCAAUUUAUUCGCUGUUUUUCUACAUAUUUGUUUACGAGGCGGAGUAUUCGAGAUGACAACAUAUUCCAUAAGUCUAGAUGAAGUGGAUCUAGCGCUGCUGCCUCUGCGUGCCCAUAAAUACAAUGACUUCUUGAAGAAGGAACACUACCAGUUCCAAGUCAACAAGACUGAGGAAGUAGAAGAAUUAGAGCCCACAAUUUAUUACAAAUGCCACAUAUGCGCCCUCGACGUGCCGGCAGCGUACGCGCACGAGCACACCACCAGCCUCAAGCACCGCGCGAACGCGCGCAUCGCUCGCGUGGCCACCCAGCGCACGCGCAAGCUCAUCUCCGCGCUCCCCCCACCCCAUGCCCCCCAAACGGCGCGAUUCUGCGCGAACUGCUCGACCAUAGUGCAGAGAAACCAUGAAAAAACAAAAGAACAUCGAGUCGCUGUCAUGCACGAUAAGUUGCUGUGGGAAUUGAUGUCUGCGUAUGUCGGUGACGAUUGUAACGAUGAAGAUUCCGACUUUAGUGAUACUGAUGAGUCGGCGGAAGAAAAUGCAAGUUCUAGACAUUAUAAUGGCAUUGCAACGUGGAAUGAAGUCAAUAAUAAUAAAGAAGAGAAACAAAAGAAAUAUGAUAGUUUGAGUAUUGAGACAGAUAAAAAAGAAAUAGAUAAAAUGGCAGACAAUGAAGUUGAGAAGCAAAAUAACAACAAUAAACCUUUAGAUAAUAAGACGAAAACUAUAGAAGUUACAAAUAUUGAUACAAGAAAGCCUGAAUCCAGCAAAAGCAAUGGAAUCACAAAUAUUGAAACCGAGACUAAUAAAUCUAUUGAUACAAAUAAAGAACCAAUACAAACCACUGCCAAAAAUGAAGAAAUUAGUUCACCUAAACCUCAAGAUAAAAUAGAUUAUGUCGAAUUUGUCAGCAAAAACAAUAAAACAGUAAAGGUGUUCAGUGACCAUUACCACAGUUUCACCAGAAAAGGGGAAAGCAUAAGUUGUAAAGUAUGCGGUAUUGUAUUCAAUAGCGAAGAAGUGGAUUCGCACAUGUUUUCGUUGAAGCAUUUGAACAAAAUGCCGAGUACUUUGAUUAAUGAACACUGUGUGAGAACGAUUGAUGAUGUAUUCAGCCACUGCAUCCUAUGUAACACGAUGAUCAAACAUACAAAUUUAGCCAAGCAUUAUCUGACAGUCGGCCACAGCCAAAAAGAAAAACAACUUAUCACCGACAACCCAAACUUCCAAACCACAACUUCCAAUUUCGAUAAAGCCGAUACAGUAUAUACUCCGAUUACUCACAAACUUAAUUCAGAUGUUAAAAAUGUAGACACAGUGGCCGCUUCGAAAAGUCCAGAAGUAAAAGUAAAGUCAAUAGAUUGGCCGGUAAUAUAUCCAUAUGAGAUGACGAAGCAAGGCGUCCGCUGUGUCAUUUGCGACUGCUUAGUGCCGAAUAAUCCGGAGAACAGGAAGGGACACCUCGUUGGGUUGAACCAUGUUAAAAAUGUGAAGAAUAAGAGAGUAAGUUUGUUGACGUCUUUAUUAUAAGCAGUUUGGCAACCAUCAGUGUCUU